ACACACACACAGUGGGAAUUUGCAGGAACACCCUCCCGGUGGGAACUUGCAGGGACACAGGAGCGCGAGCUCAGGGUGCCCAGGGCGCCGCGCGGCUAGCAGGCUGCAAAGGUCACAUGCCCGUCCGCUGCCCCAUUGUGGGUGCGUUGGCUCGGAAAGGGCAGCGAUCAUCUCUCUCGCAACGGGAUCGUGGCACCCGCGGACAGCCCUGCUCCCCCCUUUGGAAAAGCAAAGCUUUGGGAGGAAUUCGCAGUGUUUUCCUUGCCGAUGAGCACCUGCUCAUUGCGGUACAACUCCGCUGAUUUAUGAACUCCCCUGAGGGGCUAGUAAGCACCCUCCCAUACCCAUGUGAUGGAAGCUCCUGGGAGACGUCUAUUUCCUGACCCAUUUCUCCCAGUCCUUAGCCCGUUCCUGGGCUUUUCUUUCAUCGGCUGUAACACUAGAAGCCUGGAGUCUCUGUCUCUUUCCAGGAUCUAAGUCCAUCCCCCUCUGUCUCUGGCAUGCACGCACAUAUGCCCUAUAACUCACUGCUUCGGUUUUUUAUGCACUACAAUUGCUCUUAAUGCAUCUCCUCUUGGUUGAUCUGGCCUAGGAUCCAAAAAAGAGCCUCAGAGGCCCACGGGACUGUCCGGGUAAGAUUACAACGAGCCCUUUUAGCCUGGUGCAGCAUCCUCACUCGGGGGAAGCCAGCCAGCCCUGCCUGGCAGAAGCGCUGGGAUAUUUUUAGGGGGACUGCAUGGGAUUUCCCCAUUGACCCAUUUCUCCCGGGAAGACGGUGGCGAGAGAAACAGGAUCUGCUUUUGGUUUUUUAUGGAAACUUUUUAAUUGUGUGUUUAUUGCAGCAAAUCCCUCCAGAGGAAAGCUCUCAAAGGCAGGCUCAUAAGCCUCAUCAGCUUUGCACUGCCUUUGAAGGAGAGCGGUCGGAUGAUCUGCAUGGUGUGAGGAGCCAUGAGACCAGACGACAUUAACCCUAGGACGGGACUAGUGGUGGCUUUGGUCAGCGUCUUCCUUGUUUUUGGCUUCAUGUUUACUGUAUCUGGGAUGAAAGGGGAGACCCUGGGAGACAUCCCCCUCCUGGCAAUAGGACCUGCUAUUUGCUUGCCGGGCAUCGCUGCCAUUGCACUAACGAGGAAAACAGAUGGCUGCACCAAAUGGCCUGACAACAAGCGACCCUGCAGCAAGAAGGCGAAAGACAAGGAAGUGGUGGAGCUGCUGAGAACGCCCUCGGAUCUGGAAUCGGGCAAAAGCAGCUGCGAUGAGCUAGCCAAGAAGGCAUACCUAAAGGACAGGAAAGUGCCGAAGGGAGAGGACUCUGUGUCCAUCUGCACCACCACCACAACCACCACCACCACGGGAGAAUGCAAGAGCCUGAUCAAAAGGGUGGACCAGGAAGAGAUGCUGAGAUACCUGGAGACCUGCUCCACGGAGAUGCCAGGGAACGUGCUAGUGGGAGAGGGUCCCACUUACAGUGCCUUGGAAAAGAAGAGUUCUCCUCCCUGGGACAGUGUUGCCUGCCCUGACACAGAGGACAACAUUUUUGUGGCUCCAAAAGACAGUAUAAUUGUCUGUUCCUACAAUGAGAAUAGCCCUUACGACAGAUACUGUUGUUAUAUAAACCCUACUAGAGUCAGCUCGGACCAUGAGACUAUAGUUUGAAUGAUGCACAUUUUAUAUAUCUCUAUGUAUUUUUACAGACUCUACGUCUUUCAGCUCUUAAUAGGGAAAAGUAGCUGAUUGCACUGCAUGGAACACUCCUCAUACUAUUACAAAUGUAACCUGGUAUGUGACUGAUGCUCAAACCUUUUGUGCCUGAAAUACUUUCUGUAAGUAAAUAAGCAUGUUUAAGGCUAAGAACUCCUUCUUCUUUGUGAAAAUCAAUUUUGAUUUUUUUAAAAAAUGUCAGUGCUGAAUAUUUUGUCUAGACACCCUCUCUCCCAAGACCCCAGCUCUUGGACAAGUUGGCAAGAUGAAGGCAUUGACUGUCUGCUAAAAUCAAGGCAAGAAUCAAAAGUCUGGAGCUCCCUGUGUAAAAUAACAUGCAAUAUGGAUGAGUGGAUCUUAGGAAUAGUGUCACUUCCUUUAUUUCUGAAGGAAUUGACAGAAGCCAACAUGCAGUUGAAUUAGUUGGCUGUCUGAUGUUAAGCUUUUAGAAAAGCUUUUCAGUUCAAUCAGUCUUCAGGCAGGCAAAAACUGACUUCAGUUUUCCGCUCUUAUUAGAUUUUACAUGACCUUGUUUUAGGAAAUCAAAGAGCAACAUUGUAGGUUAUUACCCUGCAAGCCUCCUGAGUUGAGGAAGGGGACUAGGAUAGAAAGAAUUUUUGAAGGCAAAUCUACCAGCAGUCAUAUCAAAGGUACAAGUGUUUGGCUAUUUUGCUUCAUUCUUAUUUGUUAAUGAAUCCACCAAAGUCUUUCUAAUAUGUGUGGCACUUACAGCUGUACUUUAUAACAAGAUAUUGAUAAAAUCAUUGUAGAGACUUAGCAGCAAGGGUAACUGGAUUUGGGAGAUUAUAUAUAUAUAUAUACAUAUAAUCACUUGGAGAUUUAGGGCCUGAUCCAACUCCCACUGAAGUCAACAGACUCCUAUUGGCUGUAACAGAAGCUGGAUCAGGCUCUUUGCGGGGGAGGGAUAGCUCAGUGGUUUGAGCAUUGGCCUGCUAAACCCAGGUUGUGAGUUCAGUCUUUGAGGGGGCCAUUUGGGAUCUGGGGCAAAAAUUGGGGAUUGGUCCUGCUUUGAGCAGGGGGUUGGACUAGAUGACCUCCUGAGGUCCCUUCCAACCCUGAUAUUCUAUGAAGUGUCAUCCUCACAUACCUUUUCAAAAACUCCAGAUGUUUAUCUAUGGAUCUUGAAUAAUGAUAUUUUAUUCAAUAUUAUGAAAGCCAUUUUUAAGGUGGGGGAGACUAGAGAAAUAUGGUUGGCAUGAUUUUUCCACAACCAUGCGGUAUGUUUUGUUAACUAGUUCACUGAUCACAGAUGCAUAAUACUGGAACCAUGACCUGACUGAUGUGAAAGCAUAGUGGUUAACCCUUCAGAACCUGCAGACUGCACACACAUAUAUAAUACAAAUUACAUAAACGUACUACAGAUUACACAUAUUCUAACGUGUAUAUUACCA